GGUACAUGCUUAUGAUACACAGAACUCUUCUACAGUGGACAGAUAACACAUCUUGUGAGUGAAAUUAUACAGAGCCAUGCUUGCGGAACACCUGCGGAACCUUGCUGCAGCCGACCUGAGACGUGUGAGGUGAUUCAUGAAGGGCUCUUGGAUUUGCAGACAGCAACAGCGACCUCCAUUAAAUGGGUGAAACACUUAGUGCAGCUCCGAAAACAGGAAUUGAGUUUACAUUGCAUCGACCAAAAGGAGAUGGAGGCGGCAGAUCCUGGAGUGAAAACAAUUGACUUGUCAAGGGGGGAUGUAACUGUCAGCAAGGAAGACGGUGUGGGUGCCUUCUCACUUCAGACAAAGGAAGCCAAGUACCUAUUCCAAAUACCCUUUACUGUCCAGAACAAGAAGUUAGAGGACAUUUGCAAGCUCCAAAACGAGUGGUUAAUGCUCAUAGACAGGUACUGCUCAGUGCUCAAGGCAAGAUCAUUGACUCAGGAUGGUGCCUCAGGAAUGACAGAUGGGGAAGUUUGCCAUUUAAAUGCAAGGAAGACAGGAGAGGCCUCCCAUCUCAAAGUAGCCCCACUGGCUGGGACCAUGGAUCAUGUCUUCCCGGAAAAUUCCUGUAGAUUUUCAGCGACAACUCAACAUCCUUUAGUGUCAGGAGACACGUGGGCCAUGCCUCCUUCCCCCAAGUCACCCAACUUGCCUCCAGCUUCAACAAGAACUAAAGUUUUUCACUGGGAUGUCAUUCCUCAAGACAAGAUUCAGAAGUCACUAUGGACAUUCCAUCAUGAUGACAAGAGAAAUAUAGAUGUGACAAGACUUUAUGAGCAGUUUCGCAUUCAGGACCUGCCGGGAUUUCAUAGCAAAGGACCCUUGGUGACACAACACAUUAUGCUUAACCAAAAAAUCGCACACAACUUCAACAUUUUUCUUAAAAGUUUCCGCAUCGAGCCAAGCCAACAGUGGUGGACUUAG